UAAACCCUUGUAGGAAGUACAUAAAGCUUUCCUUUCCGAGCGACGGUUGUUGCGCGAGAUCAACGUCAUUCGCUCGGUCCGCACGGAUCCCAUGUCGAUCGCGCGGGUGAGCUCAGGAUUACGACGAGACCAAACAAAGCAUGGUCCGAGGGGGUGAUAUAUGGGCGGGGAGAGUUCAACGGCGAUUUUUUUCCCAACGUUUGAUCGACCUCAACCUCGAACCACGAUCUCGAACUAAGCAGAAAGAAAUGGCACCGGGAAAUUUCAGUAAGGUCCGUCAAGCUUCUUCUCGUGACCCUCUUUAUCCCAACUUGUUGACGUGCUGCUGCCCGAGCUAGGUCGGCAUAGUGGGCGCAGGCUCCAUGGGCACGCAGAUGUCCCUGUUGCUCAGCGAACACAAUGUUGUAGUCUCGCUCUUUGACGUCUCUUCCUCAAACAUCGAUUCCGCCUCCAAAACCAUCGACAGCCAAAAGCCCCCCCAGAAGAUCCAACUAUUCGCUAAAGACUACGGAGCGUUUGUCGCCUCUCUCGACAAAGGCGGAGGAGGAGGAGGAGGUAGUGGUGGUGCACGCUGCUUCCUCCUAUCCAUCACCCACGGUGACCCCGUUGACCAGGUCCUGGACGCUCUGAAGCCGCACCUAAAGAAAGACGAUGUCAUUAUCGACGGCGGGAACGAAUGGUACAAGAAUACCGAGCGCCGACAGAAAGAUCUACAGAAGCUAGGAGUCGCGCUUAUCGGCUGCGGAGUUUCGGGCGGCUACCAGUCUGCGCGCCGGGGGCCGAGCAUGUCGCCCGGCGGCGACCCGCAGGUGCUGGAGCGUAUCCUGCCACAGCUCCGGGAGUGGUGCGCGAAGGAUGAAAGAUCCGGAGAGCCGUGUGUGGCCGCGUUGGGCCCGGCGGGGAGCGGGCAUUACGUCAAGAUGGUGCAUAACGGCAUCGAGCAGGGCAUGCUGGGCGUGCUCAAUGAGAGCUGGGAGAUGCUCUUCAAGUGUCUCCACACGCCGCUCGACGAAAUAUCAAAGAUAUUCUCGGCGUGGGCGAAGGAUGGAGAACUGAAAAACAACUACCUCGUCACCAUCGGCGCGGAUAUCUGUGGACGGAAGAAGGAGAAAGGCGAGCGAGGCCACAUCCUCAACGAAAUCCAGGACAAAGUCGUCCAAGACGCCGAUGGCAGCGAGGGAACGGGAGUCUGGGCCAUCGUCGAAGCCGCCAAUCGCCACGUUUCGGCCCCCACCAUCGCCGCAGCACACUUUCUGCGGAUCGCAUCUUCGAAUCGCGCUGAGCGCCUCCAGGUUUUCGAACUUAUCGGUGGAUUCAUCGCCGGCGCCAAGAAGCAGCACGUCGAAGGGAGUGAGAAGGAGGUGAUCGAAGACCUUAGGCAGGCUGUGUAUUGCGCGUUCUUGGCAUCUUUCGUGCAAGGGAUGAAUCUCCUCGCGAGAGCGAACAGCGAUGAGGGGUGGAAUGUGAAACUGAGCGAGGUCGUGAGGAUUUGGAGGAACGGAUGCAUCAUCAGGAGCGAUUACAUCGCGGAUCUGAUCCAGCCCGUUUACGAAAAGCAGGAAGACCUGCAGAACUUACUGACGAGCAAGACUGUGGUGGAGGAAGUCAAGAAGACGUUUCCAGCGCUCAAGAGGACGGUCGCUAGAGGACUGGAAUGGGACGCGCAUAUGCCGAGUCUGAGUGCGAGUAUGGAGUAUCUCAAGUACUGCGGCGGCAAGCAGCUGCCCACACAGUUCAUGGAAGCCCAACUCGACUAUUUCGGUGCCCAUUCGUACGACAAGAAGUGCGAAGGACCCGGAGAAGUGAAGAAAGGGGCUCAUCAUCAUGAGUGGAAGCCUGCUUAGUGUGGCGGUUGGCAUGGCACAAAAAAGGGAUCAGUUCGUGCUUUUCUUCCCGAAUUCCACAGUGCGGGACCUUGAUGGGGGGAUAUCUGGGAUACUGGAUCACAAAACAUAAUCCAUCAUAUUCUCGGUAUCAGUGAAUAAACAUAAAUAAUAAAUUGGGACAGUGAAGGACAACCGAAUAUUAAAUGACACAUAUUUGGGUAGAUUGGUAAGAAAUGAUCUGGUGCUCUAAGCGUGAGUAACAAGGUAAGUGAGAAUGAAAGUACAUUUCUUCCUUUUAAACGGGCAGUCCAAAGCAAGUGAGGUAAUAAAGAGAGAAUACCGGUACAG